AUGGACAUUGACAGCUUACUUGACUUGGAGGAGACCUUCUACGCCGAGGGGUACGAGCUCGGAUUUAAGGACGGAGAAGUCGCCGGCUACAACGAAGGAUGCGUAUUCGCGGUUGAAAAUGGAUUUGAAAAAUUUCAAGAGAUGGGAAGACUAUACGGCAAGGGAAUAAUUUGGGCGAAGCGAUUACCCGGGAAUCAUGGCUUGUUACACGCUUCCAAGAGCUUGAAUGGCGCUGCUGAGGGCGCUGAAGCAGUCUCCACGAAUACCCCUGAUCGUGAUGAUGUCCACCUCCCUGACCUACCUCCCAACCCCCGACUAGAGAAGCAUCUCGCGGCGUUUCUUUCCCUGGUGGAUCCUUUGACGCUUUCGAUGGAAAAUGCAGAAGAAGCGGUCGCUGAAUUCGAUGAAAGGCUGAAAAAAGCAACUGCCAAAGCCAAAAUUAUAGAGAAGCUACUGGGGGAAACGAGAUAUUGGAGCGCUUCCGCCGAGAAUAAUACAAGAAGACUGAGUCUCCUUUUCGCCAAUCUUUAUUCACGAGUGCCCUUGCAACCUUUGCCGGCCUUCCGGGUCUACUCUAAGACGUCGCUUGGAUGCAAAGUGGAAGACACCCGUAACCGGCUGGGUAGAAUGACGAAUGGACCUACCAUUAUUCUCUUCGAGGGAAGUAUGCGCAGCCGCAAGGCCACUAAAGCAUUUCUGCCCGGGAAUGUGCAUGCGUAUAUGCAUAUUCCACCUGUGGCAAACAAGCAUAUACGGAAACGGAAUUCGGGAAAAUUACGGGAAUUCUUACUCCUGAAGAAGUGGAGGGGUUCGAGUCUCGGGAAAUAUAGCACUAUGGGCAACUCUCUGACCGGUUGUUAA